CAACAGGUCGUGCCUUUUAAGAGUUCGGCUCCAGUGUACUGGGCAGCAAUGUUGAUCUCGACCCUUGAUCCCAUUUGCGACACCAACUCCGGAGUCAAUACCCAUAUCAAAACCCAAAGCAUACCCUUGUCCCCGGCAAUACACAAAUGUCUUGAUCAAACCAGUCCAUAAUUCGGGGCCUAGCGACACGAAUACCAGCUUGAAGAACCAUGAGCGCCAAAAAAAUGCCUUCGACCGACGUGGCAUCCUUCGUCAAACAUCUGCAGUCCUCCAAACGCAUCGUUGCCCUUUUGGGAGCCGGCCUGUCUGCAUCCAGCGGUCUGCCGACUUUCCGCGGAGCAGGAGGGCUAUGGAGGACCUACGACGCCACCGUGCUCGCCACCCCCGAGGCCUUCGAGUCGGACCCGGGACUAUCCUGGCAGUUUUACAGCUACAGACGACACAUGGCGCUCAACGCGAAGCCCAACCGUGCCCACCUGGCGCUGGCGGAGCUCGCUCGACGCAACCCGGACUUCAUCACCCUCAGCCAGAACGUCGACGGUCUGAGUCCUCGCGCUGGCCACCCGGCCUCCCAGCUGAAACUUUUGCACGGCAACCUCUUCGACGUCAAGUGCUGGGACGAAGAUGGGUGUGGGUAUUACCGGAAGAACGACUUCACCGACCCCAUCGCUCCCGCCCUGGCUCUUCCCGACAAAACCGAAGGGUUAGAGCCUGACUCGAAGCUGAGAGACGCCGUACAACAGAAAAAGAACUCUUCUCUUCUGCGGGGAGGAGCCGCCGACAUCUCAGACAUCAACAUCGAAAUCCCUAGCCUGAAAAAGGAUGACUUGCCCCAGUGUCCGCAAUGCCAAAAGAACCUGCUGAGACCAGCGGUUGUUUGGUUCGGUGAGUCCUUACCCGCGGACGUCAUGAGUGACGUGAGUGAGUGGUUCAUGAACCCCGAGGCCAUCGACCUGAUCAUGGUCAUUGGCACGAGUUCCAAGGUGUACCCGGCCGCGGGCUACACCGACAUGGCACGUAAAAGGGGCGCCCGCGUCGCCGUCAUCAACAUGGACCGAGGGGAUGCGAGACAACUGACGGAUCGAGACUGGUUCUUUGAAGGUGAUGCGGCAGUCAUCGUGCCAGAGAUCCUAAAAAGUGUGAUUGGCGAGGUAGGCGACUUCGACAACGGCGACAACAACAACGUGAGGCAAGGCCCUGCACAAUGAUAAUACAUCAGGCGGUGUAAGGAAAGAAACUGAUUUCAUAGGCUCUGCUCUCGGGGAAAUGCUGCAGCCUUUCCCCGACUCUCUCCACGUCACACACUAUAUGCGUGACUUGGUGCUCGUGCAGUUGUGCUAACCAUGCUGGACGGAAGUGCAUUUCAGCCAGCCAGCCAGCCAGCCACCACCUUGGAGUUUCUCAGAGAGGUGAAAGUCCCCCUAGAGGGAGAAGAUGACUGCAAAAAGACAAACAAUCCCACAGGCAUGCAUGAAGAAUUCCAAGCGGUGAACGGGGCACAAGGAAGGCGAACCAGGAGCGGUCUUGGUUUUGGUCACUCUUCAGGCCCCCAGCGUAUCAACCAAACUUCUUUGAUGAAUAUCGAGGUUUCAAAUUGCAGCAGUAUACCAUUUAAUGGUCUGUCAGUGAGAGUUGCUAAGACCAUUAUACUGAUCACAGUUCAAACUCAGUUAGUGUAGCAGUACCAGAACUUCUUGUAUUGACAGCUCU